AUGGCGACCCCACAAACUCUUUUUAAAACCGCCGCGAUCCUUAACGCCAUCUUCGUCCCCGCCCACAUCGUCUUCGGUCUCACGGACGUCCAUCCGGCCAUCAACUCUAUUCCCAGCACGCCACAGCACCGCAUCGGCCAACGCGGCGCGCAGAACUGCUAUAACUACGUUAAUGCGAGCUUGCUUGUUGCUGCGCUGCUGAACUGGCAGUGGGCACGCACGGGCGGCCCUCAGACGAGGGAGGAGAUGGCUGUUUUCUGGACUAUCUUGGGGAUUGGACUCUGGUCUGGGCUUAGGUAUGUGCAGGUUGGAGAGUUCAAGCCGUUGGGAUGUUUGGUGCUUGCGCCGGCUUGUAGCGUUGCCGCGCUGUUUAUGCUGUGA